AUGCUGGGCCGCGACCUCUCAAACUUUGACAACAUGGACGUACAAAACUUGAAAAAGGUUUUGUUAAGACCAGUUUUUUUUGUGUGGCCCUCUCCAGGUGGUAAAGAACAAGUUGCCGUCCUGUGAAGAUCUACCCUGUGUGUUGUCCAUCAGUUCAUCAGUCGCUGCUUGUGUCGGUCACACAACAUGUUUUUAUUAGCGCUAGCAGCGUGUGUGGUCGGCGUCGUGUCGGGCCAGGCGGGAUUCUGUGCCGCACCAAAUGGGGAUUUCCCGAACCCCAGCAGUGAGCUGUGCACCACCUUCUUCAGGUGCAUCCAGGGCAGCCCCACCCUCCUCAGGUGCCCCAACAACCAGCGCUUUGAUUUCCUCUUCAGGGUGUGUCGGCCUCAGGCACAGGUCGAGUGUACUAGGCAACUUGAAGUUUUUGCCGCGCCUCCACCGGCCCCAGGCUUUAGUGGAUUGGGUGGAUUGGGUGGAGCGCCAGGUUUAAGUGGAUUCCCUGGCUUUGGUGGAGCUGGGGGCGCAGGAGCAGGCGGCCUUGGUGGAGCUGGUUUAGGAGCCGGAUUGGGUGGAUUAGGUGGAUUAGGAGGAUUAGCAGGUGGACUGGGAGGUGGGUUAGCAGGCGGGUUAGGAGGAUUAGCGGGGGGAUUAGGUGGUCUAGCUGGUGGGUUAGGGGGUGGAUUAGGAGGUGGAUUAGGAGGAUUAGCUGGGGGACUAGGAGGGGGAUUAGGAGGGGGGUUAGGAGGGGGACUUGGUAAUCCUGGCCUGAUUAAUCUGUUGACUCAGCUGGACGGGGACGGGGACGGACAAGAUGGCGGCGGUCUGGCGGCGAUGCUGGCACUAACCACCAUCAUGAACCAGCGGAACGCAGCCAAUCAAGGAGCGGCUCCCUUUGCUAGGCAAGUUCUAGCUCCCCAGCCUGCGGCUCCCCAGCCUGCGCCCCCUCAGUACCAACAGCCCGCCACCCAUGGGGCGCUCAUCUCUCCCGGCACGCCCUUCACCACCCAAGACGGGCGCACUUUUGUCGUGGUACCCCAGCCCCAGCAAGGUCAAGGUAACUUUCAAGGAGAAUCUCCUCGCAGCCCCCACCCCCAAAGACGUCAAAGUUCAAGUCGAGGUCAAGGUCAGCAUCAAGGUCAGGAGGGACUGGCCGUGACCCAGCUCCAGAAUUUGUUGAAUUUUCUGACGUCAGAGGAGAAUGAGGGCAAGGGCAAGAACUCGACAGAAACACCGGCUAGCAUCUAGAGUCAUCCAAUCACAGCCCUGCUCCACAUUUUACAACUUCUGUUAGGGGGGUGUCACUACCUUAGCACCUGACAUUUAGCUCCCAUGCUCUCCCUUAGCACCUGACAUUUAGCUCCAAUGCUCUCCCUUAGCACCUGACAUUUAGCUCCAAUCCUCUCCCUUAGCACCUGACAUUUAGCUUCAAUGCUCUCCCUUAGCACCUGACAUUUAGCUCCCAUGCUCUCCCUUAGCACCUGACAUUUAGCUCCAAUGCUCUCCCUUAGCACCUGACAUUUAGCUCCAAUCCUCUCCC